UGCAAUGUAUUUUGACUCACACGUUUCAUUUUCCUACAUAAGACUAUACUUGCAAACAUCUUGUAUUAAUAAGAAUAUGCUAGGUACACAGUAUUAGACAGGAUUAGACGGUACUGUAUAUAAGCGAACACUUAGAUUUGCUUAUAUAUUGCAUUUCAUGCACCUGAAAUUCAAUACAGAUAUAGCUUUGUUUUGAGGUGUGAAGGAUAAAAACAUGGUGGUUAUAGCUGAUAAGAGUGGUGGUGGAGGUAGUAAUCCACCAGGGUUGGGAAGCUAUGGCCUCCAAGUGGUAACGGGGCGAUGGUUCAUGGUUUUUGCAUCCCUUCUGAUCAUGUCGAUGUCUGGUGCUACCUACAUGUUUGGUCUCUACUCCGGUGACAUCAAAUCGUCCCUUGGUUAUGAUCAAACAACCUUAAACUUGCUAAGCUUUUUCAAAGAUUUGGGAGGCAAUAUUGGGAUCAUAUCCGGGCUAAUCAUGGAGGUUACGCCACCUUGGGUAGUUCUUGCCAUGGGUGCUGCUAUGAACUUCGUUGGCUACUUCAUGAUAUGGCUUGCAGUAACUAAAAGAAUAGCUAAACCCGAAGUGUGGCAAACGUGUUUAUACAUAUGUAUUGGUUCAAAUUCUCAAGCAUUUGCCAACACUGGAGCAUUAGUUACAUGUGUAAAGAACUUCCCAGAGAGUCGGGGCGUCGUUUUAGGCCUCUUGAAAGGAUUUGUUGGCCUAAGUGGUGCAAUUCUUACACAACUAUUCCAUGCUUUUUAUGGAAACAAUACCAAGUCACUCAUAUUGCUCAUUGGUUGGCUUCCGGCAGCAGUUUCAUGCAUUUUUCUCCCAACAAUUAGAAUCCUGAAGAUUGUUGGACGAUCGAAUGAACUCAAAAUCUUCUACCGUCUACUCUAUCUAUCGCUUGCUCUUGCCGGAUUUCUCAUGAUCAUUAUUAUUGUGCAGAAUAUAUCCAUCUUUAAAAGGGCAGAGUAUGCAGGCAGCGUCUCGGUUGUGAUCAUAUUACUCCUUGCCCCACUAGCCGUUGUACUCAGAGAGGAGUUCAAAAUUUGGAAAACCAAGAAACAAAUGUUUGAUGAUGCUUCUGAUAAUCUGAAAGUGGCGACAGAAAAUCCUCCAUCGAUCGAAUUACCGCACAAUCAGGCAACACAACCAGCUACCAACAGUCCACAGCAUCAACAAAAUCCCCUUUCGGCAAUACAACCAGAUGCCAACACUCAGCAUCCUGUUUCGUGCUGGAACAAUGUAUUCAGGCCACCGGAGAGAGGGUCCGACUACACCAUAUUGCAAGCACUGUUCAGCAUCGACAUGUUGAUUCUCUUUAUUGUCACAGCAUUCGGGGUUGGAGGGACCUUGACCGCCAUUGAUAAUCUAGGCCAAAUUGGCGGGUCCCUAGGCUAUCCAAGUAAAAGCAUCUCCACAUUCAUAUCACUUGUCAGCAUAUGGAAUUAUCUUGGAAGAGUAACUUCAGGAUUUGGUUCAGAAAUUUUGUUGGCUAAGUACCAAUUCCCACGUCCUCUGAUGCUCACAUUGGUACUUCUCCUCUCUUGCGCUGGCCAUCUUCUCAUUGCAUUUGGUGUCCCAAAUUCACUCUAUGUUGCCUCAGUAAUCAUGGGAUUCUGCUUUGGAGCGCAAUGGCCACUGAUAUAUGCAAUCAUAUCAGAAUUAUUUGGGUUGAAAUACUACUCCACAUUGUACAACAUUGGUGCCGCUGCCAGCCCAGUUGGAGCUUACAUGCUCAAUGUAAGAGUUGCAGGCAAUCUGUAUGACAAAAUGGCUAUGAAGCAAUUGGCAGCUAAAGGGCUAGCUCGGAAACAAGGCGAAGAUCUGUCGUGCAACGGUACUGAUUGUUACAAGUUGGCUUUUCUGAUUAUCACGGUUGCUACAGUAAUUGGGAGCAUCGUUUCUUUCGUUUUGGUGAUUAGAACAAGAAAAUUCUACAAAGGUGAUAUAUACAAGAAGUUCCGUGAACAAGCCGAAAGAAGCAACCAACACUGAAAUAAUGGCCUCCCGACCCUGGAACCAUAGGAUUGAAUGGUACUAGAUAGUAUUACUAUGAUCUUAUCCUCAUUUGUUGACUUUUUGGUCAUUUUCUAUCAAUGCGAUAUGUUGUCGAUGUAGUAACAUGGCGACAAUAUACAAGUAGUCAUAUGUAGUUUUGUGCUUGCUUAUGUGAUGGUUUUGAAGAUAUGGCAUGACUUGCCUUCUCUUUAAGGCGGUUCUUUGGGUUGGAAAAAUAAUCAGUUGCA